CAGAAUACACGAGGAAUUCCUGCAAGGGAAGACAACAUUGAGAUGUGAUGUUACAUGGGUUUAGAGUGGGGCUGAAAUACCUUCCGAGACCUUGUAAUGGGAUAUAGGCGACCCAUUGCAUAUUACCAUACUAUGGAAAUAACCGAAACCGAUAGCAGGCGUGCUCACUCCUCAUCCGAGCCAUCAUGGUAUUUCUAAUCAAUGCCGGCUUUCGAAGCAAAGAGUGUAAGAAGUUGACGACUUCUUGCCGGUAUAUUUCACAACCAUUGAAAAUCGCUCGUUCAAGUUCGUACCCGAAUUUCAGGCGAGAUGAGUUUCUCCGCAGCCAAGGUUGGCAUUUUGUCCAUUGGAGACAUGGGCAUGGGCAUAGCGAGGUUGCUGGUAGCGAAUGGGUUUUCCGUUGCAACAAAUUGCCAAGGUCGAAGCAACGACACCCUCGAACGAGCCAGGAGCGCCAACAUCGACAUUCUCAACUCGGACGUCGCCCUGACAGAUGAGUGCUCCGUCAUUCUUUCGGUGGUACCACCACGGGACGCCAUCGCCACCGCACAAAGAGUGAUAGACGCCCUGGUGGGCACAACGCAGCGGCAGCGAAGCACCCCACUGUACUUCGCCGACUUGAACGCAGUGGCGCCUUCCACGGCAAGGACCAUUGCCUCCUUAUUCGAAAAGCCCAGACUGCCCGUCCGCUUCGUCGAUGGCUGUAUUCUGGGGGGUCCGCCGUCGCCCAAACCUGCCGACCCCGCAGCCGACGGUGCGGAACCAGAGUGGAACAAGCCAAGUAUCCCCACCUCCGGACCGCACAAGCUGUCCGACGUAUCUGAAAUCGGGCAGAAGCUGUUCGCGACUCUCAACAUGAAACACAUUUCGCCGGACAUCAGUGCUGCCAGCGGUCUCAAGAUGUGCUUCGCCAGUACGACAAAAGGGUUUACUUCACUUGCCAUCCAGGCUUUCACCACGGCGGAGAGACUAGGCGUGUUGGAUGAGUUGAAGCAUGAAAUGCAGACCAUGAUUCCCGGGCACUGGAAGAUUGCUCAGGGUGGGGUCAUCGGCAUGGCUCCCAAGGCUUAUCGAUGGGUUCGAGAGAUGGAGGAGAUCGCCUUAACUUUUGAAGAAGAGGGUGGGUUCAGCCAGGAUUCGUUCCAGGGGGCGGCUAAGGUCUUUAAGGCUGUGGAGGAAUCCGAGUUGGGACAGGAGAAGGUUGGGAAGAGGAAGAGAGGGACGACGGUUGAUGACAUGGCGGCCGCACUUUCCGAGGGCAUGGAUAAAAGACGGAAGAAGCGCGACUAAAACUAGAGCGUCAUUGGAGAAUAGAUUGUCUACGGUCUAGCAGAUCAAAAAAUGAUAUGAAUUGAAGAAUAUGGUUAUGACAGUCCAGCACUG